AUGGGUACAGUCGGGGGCACGCAUGAUCCUUUCAUUGCCCCUAGUGGUGUUUGGGAGCUCAAAGUUAAUGGCGAAGCGGCGGAGCCCACGCAGUGCUCCCCGUCUCAGCUACCAGACCUGCUCCGUGACAGAGAGGAGCUUGACGGUGGGGAGCUGAACACCCGCGUGGUGGCAGCGUUGCGAGAGCUGCUGUGCUGCCCCAUCUGUCAUCGUCUUCUGUUGCAUGACCCUGCCGUUGUCGACACGUGUGGGCAUGUAUUCUGCUACAAAUGCAUUAACUUGGGUAUCGAGAAUGGCUGUUUGCCGGUUGCCGCAGUGGCGCAGGCGGAGGAGGAAAGAAGCGAUGAAGUGGAGGAGGUGCACUUCUGCGGCGAAAGUGAUCAUCGUUUGGCUGGCGUCCAAAGGGGCGAUGCAGCAGGGGAGGCGAUGGUGGCGGAUCCUCGCACGCGUCCCGCCCGCCCUGGACGAUCACAACGGCGGCGACAGCCGCGGAAGCGCAGGCUGAAGUUUACGUGCCCCGUGUGCCUGGGCCCCGCACACAAGUGGAAUCUGGUGCGUGUGCGGUUUUUUAGUGACCUGGUGACGGAAGCGUUGAGCCACCCCACGCUGGCGAAGGCCCUGCCAGCCGCUGAAGCGAAAUGUGACGCCUCCGCCCAGAUGGACGAUGACGCAACGCGUGGCGAGGGAGCGCCACCGCCGUCACAGCGCGAGCGUACAGCCGCGCAAAAGCAAAAUAAAUUUGAUUGA